AUGAAAUGCCUUGCUGAGUUACUGUCUGUUUUCGACAACGAAGCGCCACAUCAGUCGACAAUUUCCCAUUGGUAUGGAGAAUUCAAACGUGGACGGGUGAGGACGACUGACGAUACGGGCCUUAGCGACGAUUCCAGGGUGGGUGCACCAAAAACGGCAGUCACCCAGGAAAACGUCGAUGCCGUGCGCAAACUCAUCAUUGAAGAUAGACAUGUGACAUAUCGCGAGAUUGAGGCGCCCUUGAAGAUCUCAAAGACCUCAACUCAAAAAAUUUUACAUGAAGAAUUAGGAGUAAGAAAAUUAGUUUCUCGUUGGAUACCUCACCUGUUGACUGGAGAGCAGAAAGCAGCCAGGGUUAAUUGGUGUCAAAAAACGCUUGACCGUUCCAAUUCCGGAAACUCAAAAAAAUGUGUACAGCAUUCUGUUUGGGUGUUCCAAGGUGAAGAAAAGCCAACAAAAGUCAUCCGUUUUCGAAGUGUUUCGAAAAAGGUAGUCGCGACAUUUGUGUCAAAAGCGGGUCAUAUUGCAACAAUUUCUCUUAAUGAGCAAAGAAGUGUUCCUGCGGAUUGGUAUACCACCAUUUGUUUGCCAAAAGUCAUCACCCAGCUUCGAAAAAUCAACCCCGAAGGAAGAAUCAUCCUCCACCAAGACAAUGUAAGCUCGCACAAAGCCCAAAAACCAAGGCUGUAUUUAACGGAAGAAAACCAAACGUGGAAUGACUGUUUUUUACAUGAUACCCGUGCCGAUCUAAGUCCUAACGAUUUCUUUACUUUCCCGAAAAUUGAAAACAGACUGCGUGGUCAAAGGUUCCAGUCACCAGAAGAAGCAGUUGACGCAUUCAAAAAUGCCGUUUUGGAUCUGCCAGCAAACGAGUGGAAUAGACAACGGUCACUCUGGGAUCAGGAAUGGAACAGUAUUGUCUUUAGUGACGAGUCUCGAUUUUGUUUAGGCAUGCACGAUGGUCGUGCCAGGGUUAGAAGGCGACGUGGUGAAAGGAGGAAUCCACAGUUUUUUGUUGAAAGACAUGUUCAUCACACUGUUGGAGUUAUGGUUUGGGGUGCUACAGCUCCAGGUAACAUGAACGCGCAGCGUUAUAUCCACGAAGUUCUAGAACCCCAUCUUUUACUCUAUCUUGACAUCCUGGCAGGUCCAACUUUCCAACAAGAUAAUGCACGACCACAGGUUGCAAGAGUCACAAUAGACUUCUUUCAACAUAAUGAUGUCACAUUGUUAUCAUGGCCACCAAGAUCUCCCGACUUAUCCCCAAUUGAGCACGUAUUGCUCAAUUUGCAACGACCUCCUCAGACUCUAGAAGCACUUCGAGAGGAGUUGGUGGUUGCCUGGAAUGAGAUACCACAGGAGGACAUUGACCACCUGAUCAGAAGCAAGCCUAGGCGCGAUGGAGAAUGCGUAGCACAUCAGGGUGCAUCCACACAUUAUUAA